AUGGCUGCGACUGCGACGUUUCUCGACGAACGGUACACGCUCAGCGACGAGCAGCGCGACUCGUUUGCCAAGCGGGGCUUCCUCCUCGUCACGGACCUCCUCGACGCCGACUCCAAGGCGGCCAUCAAGGCAUGGUCCGACGAGGUGCAGCGCUGGCCCAAUGUGCCCGGCAAGUGGAUGCCCUACGAGGAGACCAAAGCCGACGGCACCGUGGGCCUCUGCCGGACCGAGAAUUUUGCCAAUUAUCACGACGGCUUCCAGUCGCUCUUUCGCGGCGCGCGGCUCACCAGUGUCCUGGCCCAGCUCCAGGGCGAGGACAUGGUGCUGUUCAAAGAAAAGAUCAACUACAAGGAGCCCCAGGCCGGCGGCUUUGAUGCCCACACGGACGCGCCCGCCUACAAGCUGGAGAAUGGCGCGCUGAAGCACCUCACCAUCAACAUGGCCGUCGACGAGGCGACGCUGGAAAACGGGUGUCUCGAGGUCGUCGGGGGCAGCCAUCUGCAGGCCGUGCCGCUCGACGCCAACAACUGCAUCGACGCGGCGUGGGAGGCAUCGCAGCGCUGGCUCGCCGUGCCGCUGCAGCCGGGCGACGUCCUCAUCUUUGGCAGCUUCCUCGCCCACCGCUCGGGGCCCAAUGCCUCGACACGGCCCAGGGCGGCCAUCUAUGCGACGUACAAUGCCCGCUCCGACGGCGACAACCACGACGCAUACUACAGCGAGAGACGCCAAAAGUGGCCGGCGACGUUUGAGAGAAAGCCCGGCGUCGACUAUGCCGAGGGCAGUCUCACCUACGGCUUCGGCAGCCCCAUGGCGGGCGCGGCCCAGCACAGUCGGCUGCAGCAGACAGCACGGGUGAGAUAG